AAAAAGAUUAAUUAAUUUCUAGCCAACAUUAUAAAUUAGCUGAAAAAUAUCAAAACCCGGAAACAUAGAAUAUUGCAUGGUACAAGUGAACUCGAUAAAGAAAUAAAGAAAAUAAGACAAAAUCCGGCUUAGUUCAAUCAAGAAAAGCUAUAGAUGUAUCCAGAAUAUUGCGGAUUACGCUUUAAACAGUCAUUUGAAAAAUUACUGGCAAUAAUUAUUCAAAGACCGACUUUGAAAGUCGAUGUCGUCGAACACUUUUGCUAAUUCACCUAGUUUUGAAUACAUUUUCGACUAGCUUGAUAACAAUAUCAGCACCUUUUCUAAAUAUUUUWAACAAAAUGUAGGAAUAGCUAGCGCGGUUACUAGAGGAGAGACAAUUAAUUGAGACUCCAAAUACGAUCCAAAAGAAAAAAACGGAAAAAUAAAGUUCAAACGUAGGUAUACUGAUUAGCAAGAAGACGUUGUAUUGUCAGGGCUGCUGUGGGCGUUUACCAUAAGUUACAGUAUGAUAUAAAGGUGGGAUUUCUUUUCUUAGCUUAAGUACUGCGUACAAAUCAUAAAGUUAAGUAGUCACUCACAAACUGUCAAAUUGCCUCACGCUUGACAUCAAGAAAAGGCAAUUACGAAUACGAUUUAAAAAUAAUAGAAAAAAACGCUAGAAUAUAUUCUUGCUUCUUGGGUUCAAGGUUUGCUUUUACUAAAAAAAAACGUUUAAAAAGAAUUGAGAUUUAGAUGAAAUAGCUUAAAGUUUUGUCAUCGUGUAAAACAUAUUUACGAUGUAAUUCUUAAAGUAAUAAAAUGCAUAAGUCGUUAACGCGUUUACCGCUUUUGCAGGUGACGAUCAUGCGCAGUUAUUUCCCGCCUUUUUCUUCCUUGUGAACGCCGAUCUUUUUCUACUGAUUAGUACUGACUGAAAAACCGACUGACCAGGAGGAAAAAAACAGUAUUUGGAAUGUGCUAAAGUGUAGAUAAUUAUAGAAAACAAAUCGUGCAGCAUUCAAAAUUCAUCUUUCAUGUUUACAUAAGUACCACAUUAAUUUACAGGCAUUUUCCUCUCAUCAGAUCUGUUCCUUAAGUACGAAGUAAUGUGUCGAUGUAAUUUGCAAGUUCGGUUACUUUUGACUAAAACUUUUAGCGACUUAUUAUUGACACUUUUUUACGGUAUCUGAAAUUUUUUUUAAAUUGUGCAUUAGCGGCGAUAGACUUCAAAGUACCAUUAGUUUAGUAUAGCACGUAAGUUGGUUUACAAAGUGUUUAGUAUUUCUAGUUUAUUCUGAAUAAUAAGAAUGGAUACAAAUAAGCCGAAUCGAUGUGAUAAGAUAACAAAAUAAAUAGUGUGCAAGUCUUUGAAGAAUUACAUGACAGCACAUUAAAGAAACAUUAAAAAAUGAACAAUUCGAGUUCUCAAGCGCAACCAGGCGGGAUGAUGUUCCCUGAGCCAGUAGGGUGGUGUGUGUCGUUCGGCGUCCUUGCUGCGUGCAUUAUCGCAGGAAACUUGAUAGCUAUUUCAGUUCUUACACGAAAGCGAUUUCUACGAAGAAGAACCAGCUAUUUUCUCCUGUCAUUAACUGUCGCAGACUUAAUGGUGGGAACAAUUUCAGUGCCUACGUACAUCUUCCAGCUGGCAGCUAGCCCUUCAAGUGACAACACGUUUGUUAAAUACAUCAAAGCUUCUGAUGUGUUUUGUAGUCUGGCGUCAACUUUUACGCUUACUAUCAUAGCACUGGAACGGGUAUUUGCCAUAACGUAUCCUUUACAGCAUAGAGUUUCAACAAAGAAACUCUAUUACAUCCUCGUCAGCUCUGUGUGGAUUUUGGCCGGUGUUUUGUCUAGUUUGUACUUCUUCUACAACUACAAACUCCUGGACCACGAUGUGUUUUUCUAUUUCAUGCUCAUCACGUUUGCCUUGUCGUUGUUUAUCAUGCUUGUGGCUUACAUUGUCAUCUGGAUUAGAGUAACAAAAACUCUCUAUUUGGACGAACACAAGCAUCAUGGAAGCUUAUCCGCUACUGACAGCUUUUCAGAAGAGAAGAAAUCAAAAGACCGCAUCGAACUGACUCCAAAUCCCAGCAACGGAAAAUCCAGGUCAAGCCCUGUAUCCUUGAGAAAAUUCAAAGGGAAUAAACUGCAAACAAAAGCUUUAACCGGGAAAGACGUCGAGCGGUCACGAAGUCGAGCUGAUAGCGAGAAGAAACUAGCUCUGACGUUAUUCAUCGUGACAGCGGUCUUUAUCGUCACGUGGUUACCAUUCCAGAUCAUCAACAUCAUUGUCUUCAGAUGCAGRAAAUAUAAAUUAUUUUGCAUACCCCCAAUUGAUGUCAUCUACUUCUGCAAGCUUUUGAAUUACAGCAAUUCUUUUAUUAAUCCAGUGGUAUAUUCUCUGAGGCUGCCUGAUUUUAGACUCGCGCUGAAAAAAAUCGUUUUCAAGAAACUCCGGUGUCUCCUGUGUUUAGAUUGAAAAUUUUCUGUCGUCUGUUGUCUUAAAGCGCAUGUCUGGACAGGCGAGACCCUGACUGCAUCGUCUUUAGAGCGAAUGGAGAAAAGCUAGAAAUUUGCUCUCGGACAAGUUGGACAAGACGAAAAGUUUCUCUAGACGACAUAUUUGGCUCGAGCACAUUGUUAUUUUGCUCAAGUGACGUAUUUCACGAAGGAAAUGAUCUCAAGAUCUUACUACAGCACUGAGUUUACUAUAGACGUCAGAGAUUUGUUCACAGUUUGCACGCUCGUCAAAGGAUUCUUUCUUCGAACUAGCUAAAGUACAAAGAGGUCUUUGUYCUAUUUUGAUCUCAGAUGUGUGUUUUAUCGUGCGCAUGCUCAAUGGUCGAGUUUAAAACAAAACAAAAAUUGAGAGUGCUAUGGUUGUACUGACUCGCACACGAUAAUAGAGCUAAUCCACUGUUUUCCCAUUUCAGACCACGUGUCAUUACCUAGAGUAUAUAUCUCUUUGCUUAACUGGUGCACAUGAGAAGACACAUGAAUAUGAAUACCAAUCAAACAAAGAAUCUUAUUCUCAAGAGUGACACGUGGUCUUAAAUGGGCAAAUCAUGCAUUACGCCCCAUUAGAGGGCCAUUGCUAACAAACUGUGUAGGUCCGAAACAUAGCCAUGAAAUGUCAUAGGUAUAUUAAUUAUGUAAAAAAGUCAGUAGGAAACAACGAUAAGGAUAGAUGCUAGGGAUAAGUUGACAGUUAAGGUCGAUUUAGAGAUAGUGAUUGUCAUACUAAUAGCCAGUUUAUUUAAACAUGGCAUGACAAAAGCCAUAUUUCCAAUACAACUACGAUGUUGAGUGGUGACUCGCACAACGAUCAAAACGACGCUCCCGGGAAGCAAUCUCGGAGUAGUCCGCGUGAUCAUUCGUUUGAAUCUCAUUUUGGAAUCUCAUUUUUCUCCAUAUUGAUGGUGAUUAUAUAAAAUUUUGAUGUUUAGUAUGGCAGCCAUGUUGUGGGGCGUGAUAGAAUAGUGCAGUUUUCGUAUGACUGUGAAAAAUUCACGGCACGAACACGGCCAUGACACGGC